UGUAGAACUGGCCCGCGUCCUAAUUUCGUCUCUAGUCUAUCGAGGACGUGUAGGCUCCAUGUGUUUUCCCCCAGCUCUUGACCGGGACUUCGAGGCUACACUUGGAUGCUGAUACCAUAUGCGGUGCCGUGCAUCUGCAAUAACUGUAGCCCCGCCUCAAACACCAGCCUGAGCACUCUUGCAUCAUCGUGACUCUCAGCGUACUCAGUUACAUACUUACCGUCUCCAAAACAAAAAAAACAAAAAAAAGAAAAAAAGAAAGAGAGUUGAGAACCGCAUCUUUCAUACCUAGGUAGUCGCCGUCUCCUCCUGGCGCCAUCAUGGCAGCAACUCUGCACAAGUUCAAGCUCGUAUUCUUCGUUCCUCCUUCCGCCGUCAAUGCCUGUAAGGCUGCCAUCUUCGGUGCCGGUGCGGGACGUUUCCCAGGCCCAGCCGGGUACACCGAGUGCUGCUUUACUAGCAGAGGAACAGGACAGUUCAGACCGGGCGAUGCUGCCAAUCCACAUAUUGGCAAAGUUGGUGAACUGGAAGAGGUAGAUGAGUAUAGAAUCGAGGCUAUAUGUAUGGGCCGUGAUACCGCUGUCAAAGCUGUAGAGGCGCUGAAGAAGGCACAUCCAUACGAAGAACCCGCAUACGAAGUAUACAAGAUGGAGGAUAUGUAAAAAACUUAUAUCCCUAUGAUGGUUCGGCAAACGGUCAGCUAGUGCGGCUAUUUACUCUCUUUCCCCAAUACUACAUCUUGCAACACUUGCUUGAUGAUGGGCAAAUCCCUCUUAACAUCUGUCAUCCAAUUUGAGACUGCGAACCUACACGCUGGCUUUCCAUCCCACGCUGUACCUGAUACAUAUAUCUUCCUCGUGGCCUUGAUUUUAUUGACCAGCUGUUUGUUCAAUUCUUCGUCUACUGCACGAAACAGUACGAUGAUAUAAAUUCCCUUCAA